UCGGCGGCGUCAUGGAGACGGCGAGCGGCGGCGGUGGGUUCCCCCGGGUGCUGCCGCUGCUGCUGCUGAUGCUACCGGUGCUACCGGUGCUGCCCCGCGCCGCCGCCGAGCAGGUCGUCCUGCUGGACUCGAAAGAAUCCCAAGCGGAGCUGGGCUGGACCUCACACCCGACCAACGGGUGGGAGGAAAUCAGCGGCGUGGACGAGGAGUACAAACCCAUCCGCACCUACCAGGUGUGCAACGUCAUGGAGCCCAACCAGAACAAUUGGCUGCAGACGGGUUGGAUCGCCCGGCGUGAUGGUCAGCGGAUCUUCAUCGAGCUGAAAUUCACCCUGAGGGACUGCAACAGCAUCCCAGGUGUGCCGGGCACCUGCAAGGAGACCUUCAACCUCUACUAUGCUGAGUCCGAUGCCGAUCUGGGCCACAGCAUCCGCGAGAGCAAGCACACCAAGAUUGACACCAUUGCUGCUGAUGAGAGCUUCACUCAGGGGGACCUGGGUGAGAGGAAGAUGAAGCUGAACACAGAGCUGCGGGAGAUUGGGCAUCUGAGCAAGCGAGGCUUCCACCUGGGCUUCCAGGACGUGGGUGCCUGCGUGGCCUUGGUCUCCGUGAGGGUUUAUUACAAGAAGUGCCUCAGCACUGUACAGAACUUGGCUGUUUUUCCGGACACGGUGGCAGAGACGGCUUUUGCCACCUUGGUGGAGGUGAAAGGCACGUGUGUCGAGCACGCCAGGGUGGAUGUGGAUAACCCCCCCCGGAUGCACUGCAGUGCUGAGGGAGAGUGGUUGGUGCCCGUCGGGAAGUGCCUCUGCAGCCCCGGCUUCGAAGAGAGGGACGGGAGGUGCAGAGCAUGCCUUCCAGGAUUUUACAAGCUCUCCCUCCGCCUCCCUCUCUGCUCUCCUUGCCCUGAGCACAGCUUCACGCAUGAGGAAGCCUCCACCUUCUGCUCCUGCCAGAAGAACUACUCCAGGUCCUCGUCGGACCCUCUGUCUGCCUCCUGCACGCGCCCACCAUCUGCCCCAAGGGACCUGGUGUACAGCCUGCGUCGUUCCUCCUUGGUGCUACGCUGGAGUGCUCCUGCCGAUGCGGGUGGCCGCAAUGAUCUGACCUACAGCUUAUGGUGCAGUCGAUGCCCGGCGCCACGGGGUGGCUGUGAGCAGUGUGGCAAUGGUGUGGGCUUCGUGCCACAGCAGACGGGACUGGUGGAGCGCACUGUCACGCUGAUCAACCUCCUGCCCCAUGCCAACUACACCAUCCGCGUGGUGGCCCUCAAUGGCGUCUCGGCUGGCAGCCCGCUGGCAGGACAGCCCUAUGCUGAGGUCAACGUCUCCACUGGGCUCGCAGUGCCAACUCCUGUCACCGACAUCCGCACUGAUAAAGUGGAGCAGAAGAGCAUCUCCUUGUCAUGGCAGGAGCCAGGAUUCCCAACCAACAGCACCGAAUACGAGGUCAAGUACUACGAGAAGGAUCAAAGAGAUCGAAGUUACUCAACUGUGAAAACCACCUCAACAACUGUGACAGUCAAUAACCUGAAGCCUGGCACCCUCUAUAUUUUCCAAAUCCGAACAUCUUCCUCGCAGGACUACGGCAACUACAGCCCCAGCAUUGAAGUGGAGACAUUGGCUGAGUUGACAGUGGCCUCAAAUGAGCAGAAUCCUGUCCUUAUCAUCAUAGUGGUGGCCAUCGCAGGGCUGACGGUGCUGGUGUCCAUGGUGGUCGGCAUGAUGGUCUGGAGGAGGCAAUGUGGAUAUAGCAAGGCCAGCCAGGAUGGAGAUGAGGAGCUCUACUUCCACUUUAAAAUACCGACCAGGAGGACAUACAUUGACCCAGACACUUGUGAAGAUCCCAUGCAGGCUGUGCACCUCUUUGCCAAAGAGCUGGAUAACGCCAGUAUUAAAAUUGAGAGGAUCAUCGGGACAGGAGAGUUUGGUGAGAUCUGUCGAGGUUGGCUGAAGCUGCCAAGCAAGCGAGAGCUGCCAGUGGCCAUUCAGACACUGCGGGCUGGCUGUUCUGCCAAGCAGCAGCGCUGCUUCCUGGCCAAGGCUUGUACCAUGGGCCAGUUUGACCAUGCCAACGUCAUCCGGCUGGAGGGGGUCAUCACCAGAGGGAACACCAUGAUGAUAGUGAUGGAGUACAUGGGGAACGGAGUGCUGGACUCUUUCCUUAGGAAACACGAGGGCCAGCUCACAGCCAGCCAGCUCCUCAGCAUGUUGCAGGGGAUCGCUGCUGGCAUGAAGUACCUGGCAGAGAUGGGUUACAUACAUAAAAAUCUGGCUGCCCACAAAGUCCUGGUGAACAGCAGCCUGGCUUGCAAAAUCACAGGCUUCAGACGGCUGCAGGAAGAUAAGAUGGAGACCAUCUUCUCCACCAUGCAUGGGAAGAGCCUGGUGCUGUGGUCAGCCCCCGAAGCCAUCCAGUACCACCACUUCAGCCCAGCCAGUGACGUGUGGAGCUUUGGCAUCGUUAUGUGGGAGGUGAUGUCCUACGGUGAGAGACCCUACUGGGACAUGUCCCACCAGGAUGUGAUGAAGGCAGUGGAGGAUGGCUUCCGCCUGCCUGCCCCAGCUCACUGCCAGCCACCACUGCACCAACUGAUGCUGGACUGCUGGCAGAAGGAGCGUAGCCAGCGCCCCAAAUUCUCCCAUAUUCAUGAUGUCCUCAGCAAGAUGCUGCAGAGCCCAGAGCCGCCUCCAUGCACCAGGUCCCGCAGCACUGUGCCCCUCACUGAGCGCUCCUUCACAGCUUUCCCGUCAUUCAGCUCCGUGGGAGAGUGGCUGGAAGCCAUAGGGAUGGGCAGAUACCGGGAUAACUUCACUGCUGCAGGCUGCUGCUACCUGGAGUCCGUGGCCAGGAUGACAGCACAAGACGUCCUGAGCCUGGGGAUCACUCAGGUGGAGCACCAGAAGACCAUCCUGAGUGGCAUCCAGACCCUACGGGCCCAGGUGAUCCAGAUGCAUGGCCGGGGUGUGCAGGUGUGAUGUGGAGCAUGAACCAGCGGAGCAGAAGGAGGUGCUGGCCCAUGUUGGACCAAAUCUCAGAAGCCUUGCAGUUUUUGGGUGGGAUAUGGGGUCUGGUGGGCUGCUGUGCUGCCAGAUGGGUCAUUCCACAUGGCAAGAGGGCAGGGUGUGCCAUCCCCUGUGCUGGGGAAGUCACGUUCCCAGGCAGAUUGUGCUUGGGUGGCUGUGGUUCUCCCUAUUGCUGCUCUGUAAGUUGAGUCAAACUGCAACGACACCAUUUCACAUGGUAACUAGGUUAACAGGGUGGAUGACCAUUUCUGUGCUGUCUUCAUCCAGAGCUGACAGCAUUUUUCCUAUCUAGCAUCCUACUGAUGAAAUCCACAUGUAUUUUUAUACAGGCUGACAUCUUUCUACCAACCCCACCAGGAGCUUUUAUUGCUUUUAUUUUUAGAGGCUCACGCCCAGCUUCAGGAAGGUGACUUUGCCCAUCUGGCACGCUGGAAGGGAAGCUCUGUCCCAGCCACGUCCCUUCCGCUCAGAGUCACCUUGCUGAAUCCUGACACCACUGUCAGUGAAUGGAAACAAAUGUUCCCCGCCAAAGUGCAGUGCUGAGUGUUUGGAAGGUGCUCUUGACAAGGCAGUUUCAGAGGAGAGAAUGGAAGGCUUUGAUGAAGAGAGCUACAGCCAAGAGGGGGCAAGCGGAGAAGCCUUGGGUUGCCUUGCUGAUGCUUUCACCCUUUGCUGCCUUUUGUGCAGGUCCUGGUCCAUCGUUUCUCCUUAUGAGUCCACCAAGGGAUGGAAUUGCAGAGCAGCAGUGGGCAGGAACCUGUUGCUCCUUGUAGGGCUGAUGGUAAAUCAGCUGGUGCUCCUUUAGCCCCUUUUCCCUGCAUCUCGCCCUGCACAAAGUCUUGCAGGUAUCCUGUAUCCUUGCUGGAAGUGGGGGAGCAUGAUGGCACUGGGAGAUCCAGGAGGGUAAUGGGAGCGAGGUGUGCCCAUGGUUGCAGGUAGGAAACACCUUUAGGAGUCUGAAAAAGUGGAGGGGUCUGAUCACUCCCAGCACUAACACAGACCCUGUGAGGUCUGCCAGCAGCUACACUUGCUUUGCAGUCCCAGUGCUGUUACAAUGGCUCAGGGCAGUGGUAUGGAAAUAACCAUUGGGAAAGAGGAUGGGUACAGCUGGAUGUGGUACCCAUCCUGCAGAUAGAAACAGAGCACUGGCAUUUCUGCUACAGGCCCGAUCUGUGACAGAAGGCAUAAAUAGCAUCUGCUUAACAAUACGAGGUUUCUUUGAAGUUAGUUAAUUAAAUGGGUCUUUGUAGCCUCACACAGAGCUUUGUAGGCCUUUUAUUAUCAUCUGUACGUAUUGCGAGUGAAUUAUUAAUGAUGAAAGACAAAGAUUUACAAAAGGAAUACAUGCCAUGGAAGGUGUUCACAGUGCAGUUGGGAAUCUGUAUGCAUAGGAUUCAGAUCUUCUGCAGCUAACCUGUGUUGAGGGGGUGCAUUUAAAAGGCAGUAAACUGCAGGGCAUCUACCUGCCCAGGAUGUGGUCACAUCUGUUCUGGCCCCACAGGCUUCACAGUUGAUCUAAGGAUCCAGCAAAGCCCCAUUCCUGGUGGGUUCCUUCAGUGCUGUGCCCUCAGAGCCUUCUGGCCUGGCUGCUCAGACCAGGGCUGUGAGUGCUCAGGACUACAUUUAACAUUGUUCAGCUGUUUCAAUGUGAUUGCAUUGAAGAUCAAAGCUCUUUGGCUGAACACCAACAAGCAGAGUCAAGAAGGUGCUGCCUAAGUAUACUUCUUUUUUUAUUGCCUUGCCAUUUGCAGGCAGAGCUGCAGUGAGCUGCCACCAGCUCUCCGUGCUCUCCUCCUGCAGUUUGGACAGCAUUCCUUGAUAUCAUUUGGUCCGGUUUGUUUUUGUUUACUGUAUUAAUUUGCCUUUAGGUUUUGCCGUUGUUGGGUCCAGCAUCCUGCAUUGUCACACCCAGGAGAGUAAUAAUUGUGAACCGAAACCUUCAUUUGGUAGAAAUGCCAGAUCCCGAGGAUCAAGUGCAAUUUGUAUGCUCGUUAUGUUUACAUUUUAUCUAUAGAGAAAGUAUAUUAAGGGUUCUCCGGGCAGGGAGCUGAACCAACGUGAUUUCUGAUCCUGCAUCUCCCUCUCCUGUCUCUCCUGUGUGGGGGGGUGGCUGCAGGGUGAUGGGGGUGCUAUGGUGGGCACCAUGGUCUGGAAAACUGCUGGCUAUGAGCACACAGAAGGUUUUAUCUGCAGUCAGUGAUGUGCAGGAAGACUGACAUGAUCUUAGUGGUCUUUUUGACCCUUAACAAUUGUAUGAUUCUAUGAAGGUGCUGAGGGCUUUGAGCAUCUCAAGUGCAAUGGUGAGGAAGUGAGGCUAGCAAAAAGGAAUGGAACUAUGGCAAUAUGAACAGCAAUCAGCAACCAGAGAAGUGAGUGGAGAGGUGCCCUGAUUGUUUUAACACCCAUUUGACCCACUGAUGGAGGCUGAGGAGCUGAAGGUUCUGCCCACAGCUGUGCAUGGAGUCUAUGGGUGCUCACAUCUCCUUGGAGCAGCUGGGUGCUCCUGCACAAGUGUCCCCAUGUCUGUGCAAUGACAUCGUAGGUCCCUGUGUGCCUGGUGAGCAAGGUCAGGUAUAGGGAUGCAUGCACAGAAGUGCCUGAGAGCGAUGAAUUCUUGGCAAAAAGUGGAUGAGAGAGCGAAGUUCCCUUUCUGACAGAUUAAAUGUGAUUCCUUGGGAAUGCUCCUGGGUUUUAUUUGUCGUUUAAGAACCUACAACCAAAGGCAAUGCUGACAAAAGCGACAGUCAGACUUAGUGAGCUCCGGUGCACUGACUGAAUUCCCUGCAGAGGCAGAGGGGGAUGUUGGGGUGAGGAAGUGGAAGUCCUUGUCCUCGUCCUUCCCCAGCAGUGAGUUCACAAAGCCCCUUAAUCCACAUGGCUGAGCACUUGCAUUCUGGCUCUGUGCUGGAGUACUCCAAUUAAAAAUGAGACCAUUUUUCAAUCACUUCUUGAGCAUUUCCCCUGCAGAAUCCAGCUCCUGUGCUGCAUUCUCUGACUGUUCCCCAUAGAAAUUCCAUGUUUAAUUACUGUCCUGGCUUCCUGUGGUUGAGGGAUGUGGUGUUUUGGAGCUGUUUCUCCCUGACAGCAUCAUGCUGUGGCCAGGGCAGGUGCUUGCCAUUGUGGUCCCUAGUGUGCUUCAUGGCACACACCUGGGACUAAGCUCUCUCAGCCCUGAAGAUAAUCAGUUGAGCAGAUUAAGUUAUAAAUUGUUGCUACGAUUUUAAAAUUAACUCGUGCCCUCUCCCUACCUCCUCUUUGGGGAAGCAUUCAAUGCCUUAUAAUUAAAUUAAUUAGCAAUGCUGUUGUGCAGCUGCUCAACCAAGGGAAAUGCUUCGGGAGGAGAUGCUCUCAGCCCAUCCAUGCAGAGUGGGCAGAGCUGCCCUAACACAUCAUGCUGGUGCUCAGGAGGGCACAGGGCAGAGCUCAGCCCACCAUUUGCACCAGGUGACUGGGCUGGAGAAGGGUUAGAAAGCAGCACUUGGUGACCUGCCUGAGCUGAUGCGUGUUUUGGGUUUGUAUCUUUAUGUUUCUGCUGAACUCAUACAGCAGGUCACCAGGUUUGGCAUCCCUGGACCCUGAGCAGCAUCAGCCCCACAUGCACUCAUGGCUCUUGGGGUUGUGUUCCCUUCCUUGUUCCCAGCACGUUCUGUUCUCAUGCAGCCUCCUAUUGCUGCACUGUUCCCUGUACUCCUAAGGAGGGUGUCUCCACUAGAUGUUCCUCUUGGCCAGGGAGAAGAGGCACAGCACAGCCUCUCCUUGGGAGUUCUCUUCACAUCAUGGAGAAAUUCCUCUUUCCAAAUUCUCCCCUCCCAUGCUGAGCUCUGCCUUCCCCCUGGGCAUAAGGGCAGCUCCCAGCAGUGCUCCCCUAUGGGACUCAGAGUCAGUCCAGAUCACGUUGGUUCACCUCCAGCUGCUUUUUGAUAGUCAUUAACCACGUGUUAUAUACUGUAAAUACAUACUUGAGAAGUCGAUAUAUAUUUUUAUAAGCUUGAAACAAAUGUGAUAUAUAAGAUCAUAAGGGACACUGUGUACAUUCAAUGUUUGAGCUAUAGUCAGACAUCUCCAGGGAAUCACUGUUGGUUUGGAAUAAUAAUAACAAUAAUAGAUGGUAAUAAAGAUCUAUUGACAUUU